AUGCAGGCUGGAUUAUCUUCUUCUUCUGAUCCAGAAUACUCCGGUUCUUCUUCAUCACUCCCAGAAGAUGAUGGCAUAAGGAAUUUUCUCUUGGCUGAGCGGGUAGCAGAUUUUAUUAAAACUGCCACUUCUUACUUCAGUUCUUCAAUCUCCGGCUUAGCAUUUACAACUCCGAAUUUUCCUUUUUUUCUGUUUGAUCUACUUGUAAUAGUUGCCUUAGGCAAUGGCGAAAUUUCGGAUAUGCUUGGGUCCUUGGAUGUUAAAGGACCAGGAAAAGAUGAAGCGCUCAAAUGGCCAAAAAAACUAAAUUUGAUUUCCAAAAGUUAUCAAGGCGACUUAUUUGAAGGCAAUGCAUGCCGAAAACUUUUGGAAAACCCGGAUAGUUUGUUAGCUUGUGGCAUUGUUUUUAAUGGUGAAAAAACUGCACUGCACCUUGUACCAAUUAUUGAAUCGCUAAAAGCCUUUGAUAAAAUUGUUGAAAUGUGCUUUUCUUCAAAAAGAAAGUGUAGCUUUGAUGAAAUUUUAAAAUCCAUAGAUAGACUGAAAAAAACAUAUGCGGCAACAAAUCUUUCAUAUACAUUAAAAAUUCAUAUAAUCAUAGAACAUCUUGAAGAAUGCUUGAGACAUCUGGAUAACUCGGAGGGUCUGGGGCUAUGGUCGGAGCAGCCAGGGGAGUCACUUCACCGAGAAUUUAUAAAAACUUGGAAAAAGUACAAAAUUAAUGACAUCGAUAAUCCGAAUUAUGAAAGAAAUUUGGCCAAGGCAGUAGUCGAAUAUUCAUCAUUACAUUUAUAA